AGGGGAGAAGCGGGGAAGGGAGGCAGCGGCGGAGCCCAGGCGACGGUCGGUAGCGGUGUGGCGAGGGCGCCCGCUCCCCCCGGCCGCUGCGCUGCGCUGCGGCGCGCACGGGCACCGCCGGCUGCUAUUCCGGCUGGUGGCGGCAGCCGCAGGAAGGGCCGGCUCCUGCGCUCCCCCGCCCCUUUCCCUCGCCUUCGGCUGACGCUGACGUCGGAUGAGGGAUCCGGAGGGACGCUCCGACCGCGGCCGGGAGGCUCCCGGGGGCUGGGGCUCCGAGGUUCUGGGGUACACGUGCAGAACUUACAGCAGUAGAAAAAGAAGAAGAAAACAUGUCAGGACACAAAUGACAAAGUAUCGCUGUGUCACCCAGGCUGGAGUGCAAUGGUGUGAUCUCGACUCACUGCAACCUCCUCCUCUCAGGUUCAAGCAAGUCUCCUGCCUCAGUCUCCCAAGUAGCUGGUAUUACAGUUAUCCCUGGGACUUACAGGAUCGAUAUCCUCAAGAUAAAUCAGUUGUAAAUAAGAUGCAACAGAAGUAUUGGGAAACAAAGCAGGCCUUUAUUAAAGCCACAGGGAAGAAGGAAGAUGAACAUGUUGUUGCCUCUGAUGCAGACUUGGAUGCCAAGCUAGAGCUGUUUCACUCGAUUCAGAGAACCUGUCUGGACUUAUCAAAAGCAAUUGUACUCUAUCAAAAGAGGAUAUGUUUCUUGUCUCAAGAAGAAAACGAACUGGGAAAAUUUCUCCGAUCCCAAGGCUUCCAAGAUAAAACCAGAGCAGGAAAGAUGAUGCAAGCGACAGGAAAGGCCCUCUGCUUUUCUUCCCAGCAAAGGUUGGCCUUGCGAAAUCCUUUGUGUCGAUUUCACCAAGAAGUGGAGACUUUUCGGCAUCGGGCCAUCUCAGAUACUUGGCUGACAGUGAACCGCAUGGAACAGUGCAGGACGGAAUAUAGAGGAGCGCUAUUAUGGAUGAAGGACGUGUCUCAGGAGCUUGAUCCAGACCUCUACAAGCAAAUGGAGAAGUUCAGAAAGAGGCCUGACGACAGAGCUCUCAACAUCAACGUGAAGAGCAUUUAUUAAGUGUCUGUGGCAGGGGGUAGAAAUUCAAAGAGGUGGGAAAGAGAGUCCAGCCUUCAAGAAGGAUCCUGCCAGGCAUCUGCUCCGUAUCAACAUGACCAUGAGGGACGAGAUACCUGGAGAGUAUGGCCGCACAUAGCUGUUCUCAAGACCAAAUACAUAAAAGGAAAAGGUGGACGGGUUUAAAGGGGCAGGGCUGGGCUGUGAACAGUUGGAAGUUCCUCCUGACAAUGUGAUUCACCCUGAGACCAUGAGGUAUUUUAUGAGCAAAGUUACAACGUGUGAUAUAUGUGCCCUUUGAAGGCAGAGUAAAAGGGUAUGAUUUAAAAAUAGAAGUCAGCUUCUUGUAGCGGAUUACAUCAGCUGAAGUUGUGAGCUUGCAGCAGAGCUUUUGCAGCCUGAAUGCCCUUGAGAGAGUCCUCCUGUGGUCAAUUAAGUGUCUUGUUUUUCUUGAAAGUCAGAAAUGGGAUGGAGGGUAAUUAUUCUAAAUGGAAUAAAAGCUGUGUUAGGUGUAAGAAAAUAGUCCCGAAUCCUCUCAAGAGAUAGUAUGGAAAUGUAUACGUGGGCAUUUACAGGAGUCUGAGUCCUCAUAGACAAGGACAAGCGAACCAGUGUUUUAAUGAGGGCCAUUCAUUAAACAGCUAAUGAAAUCCUACAGCAUUUGUCUACUGUUUCAUCACCAUAAUUUAAAAGGAUAGCUAAAAGGUAUUGUAGGAAAUGAGUGAUACAAACUGGUAUUUGCAGGUGUAUAUUUAAAAUAGUGUUAGGUUUUGGAGACCUGUUUAUGACUAAUCAUAUUAUCAAAGGAUGUGUUAUGAUGAGAAGGCUUAUUAACAAACGUUGGUGGCUUACUAGGUGGGACCUUAUUAGGGCUAUCAGUCAGUGGUGUUCCGGUGUCCUGAUUGUGCAAGUUUGGGUCUAUAGCACUUGGUCAAGGACUGGUAAACAGCAGUAUUGAUACAGGGGGUGGGUUUCCUGUGAACAAAGACUUGGGUUAAUUAAUUUGACAGUAUCAUUAAUUGCUGCUGAAAUCAUUGGUCUUUGUCAGAGGUCAGGCUCUUUUAGCAAUUGAGGGCAAAUCCCGUGAGAGUUGGAGACACAAUGUAAUGCAAGAGUGUCACUGCUCAGCCAUCUCAGGCUGUGGGAUGAAAGCCUUUCCUUUCUGCCUGGGUCACUCAGCUCUCUGGAUUAAACCAGUUUCUGCUUUACUUCCCUGUCUAGGGUGAGGCUAGGAUACCUCCCCGCUCCCUAGUGAGUUGUGUUGAGUGAGUGGAGAACAUUUUCAGUUUGGAUCCAUGCAGUGAACCAGUGUCAAAUGUUUACGCGCUAAUAACUCCCAGGGCUUUGCUGAAUUUAUAUAUAAAGGAGGUAGAGUAGGAGGCUUACUCCAUUAUCUCCUCUUCCUCUUCUAGUUCUAGAAUUCUACACACUGGAUUGACUUUUAUGAGGACAAUUACUUUUGUAAAACUAAUGCUCUCUUAAAUAUGUUUCAGAACUCACCAUGUUCAUUUGUAGGUUUUGGUGUCUGCCUGUUGUUUGUUUGGGUUUAGUUGUUUAACUGGGGUGCCUGUUUUCUGUGGAUUCAAGGAGAUUGACUGUAGCUGCCAAACCACACCUGUGGGUUGCUGCUUUUUUAGAGUAUGUGAAUGCCUCAGGAAACGCCUGCCAUUCUCACAUGGCACAACUUGGAAAGGAACGAACAAUUACACCCAUGCUUCCAAUUCUGAAUUGGAUGAGAUGAGGCUUUCAGGGUUUUGUGUUUAUUGAUUUUCCCCAUGGAACUUGAUAAAUAGAAAAAAAUUAGUUUAAAGGUGAAGCCAAGACCAUUUAAAAUAACAUGCAUGAAACAGAUAACUCGCAGAGCUGGUGGCUGGCUGCCUGCUGCUCCUGACUGGAAAUAGAGAGGAGGAAGAAGCGUGACCUCAGAGUCAGGAUGGCGCUCCACUCUGUCCCAGCCCUUGCCGACACCAGCUGUUCCGCUUGGAUAGGUCUAAUAGGUCGAUUGCAAUUUUCUCAUCUACUAAAGGUGAUUGCUGAGCCCUCUUCCAGCUGUAACAUUUUAGUGAGUUGUUUGUUUGUUUGUUUGUUUGUUUGUUUGUUUGUUUGUUUGAGAUAGGGUCUCGCUCUGUCUCCCAGGCUGGAGUCCAGUGGUGCAAUCUCGGCUCACUGCAACCUGUUUCCCAGGUUCAAGCGAUUCUUGUGUCUCAGCUUCCUGAGUAGCUGGAAUUACAGGCAUGGACCACCACACUGGGCUAAUUUUUGUAUUUUUAGUACCGAUGGAGUUUCACCAUGUUGGCCAGGCUGGUCUCAAACUCCUGACCUCAAGUGAUCUGCCCACCUUGGCCUCCCAAAGUGCUGGGAUUAUAGGCAUGAGCCACCAUGCCUGGCCUUAGUUUUUUGUUUUUUCUUUUUCUCUAAAUCACUGCGCUCAUCUGUAGAGACAUGUAGAUACUAGAGUAGGGCUAACAUGUACUUUUUUCAAUGUAGUGUUUUCCUGGGACUUCAAGUAAGUUCUGGUCCUGCUGAGUCUGCUCAUUCUUGUUGCUGUUGCUCUAAUCUUAGCUUCUGGAAAAAUAAGAAUGUUUCAUGCAUAAUUCUUGGGUGAAUUUAUUGGACACUUUCAAAGAGGGGCCUUUGGUAUUUACAAAUGGGUAAUAUUUAUCUCCUAUUUAUGUAUGAAUACUUUUGCAAGGGUCAGCAACCUAUGGCCCAGAGGUCAGCCACCUGUUUUUGUAAAUAAAGGUUUUGUUGGAACAUGA